CGAAGGAGAAGAAGAAAAUACGGAAGUACGGCUCCCAAACACAUUCCCGUUGGAAGAGUAAAAUACUGCAGAUUGCCGUAUUUGCUUUGAAACGAAGCAUAUCUUGGACUAAAUAUUCAGUUUCAAUAAGACGAUGGGCACUAGAGACGAUGAAUACGAUUAUUUAUUCAAAGUGGUCCUUAUUGGGGAUUCGGGUGUGGGAAAGAGUAACCUGUUGUCCCGCUUCACCCGCAAUGAGUUCAAUCUGGAGAGCAAGAGCACCAUUGGAGUCGAGUUUGCCACGCGGAGUAUCCAGGUGGAUGGCAAGACGGUGAAGGCCCAGAUAUGGGACACAGCGGGUCAGGAGCGUUACCGAGCCAUAACCUCAGCAUACUACCGUGGGGCCGUUGGUGCUCUCCUGGUCUAUGACAUUGCCAAGCAUUUAACUUAUGAGAAUGUGGAGCGCUGGCUGAAGGAGCUGAGGGAUCACGCUGACAGCAACAUUGUUAUCAUGCUGGUGGGCAACAAGAGUGACCUGCGCCACCUCAGGGCUGUUCCCACUGAUGAGGCCCGGGCUUUUGCUGAGAAGAAUGGCUUAUCUUUUCUGGAGACAUCGGCUUUGGACUCCACCAAUGUAGAGACGGCCUUCCAGACCAUUCUGACAGAGAUUUACCGUAUCGUCUCCCAGAAGCAGAUGUCGGAGCGCCAGGAGAGCGACAUGUCUCCCAGCAACAACGUGGUUAAUAUCCAGGUGCAGCCCACUGAGAACAAACCAAAGAUGCAGUGCUGUCAGAACAUCUAGCCCAGCCUCAGAUCCGCUACUAUCUCUCCCCCCGAUUCCCCCAUUUCUCCCCCUCCUUUCCUCCCUUGAUCCCCAUCAUCCUUAAGCCCCGCCCUUGGAUAAUAGACUGCCUCUACAUACUGUUUGGCGUGUGGGGAAUGAGCCACAGCUUCGAAGCUGUGAUCUGAUCUCUGCACCUACCUCCUCCUGCUAACCCUAUUCUUCCCCUUCCCCAGGUAAAUAUUAUCCCAGUUUAGGGUGAACCCAUGUGGGGUGGCCCUCCCUAAGCAGAGCCCCGUUGUCUUUAGACUACUGCAGGACAGCAAGCAGCAGGCAUUUCAUAUCACGUUAGAUUUCAUUACUGCAGAUGCGCUGACAUGUCACAAAAAUGUCUUAAUAUAUGAAUGUGAUUUGUUUUCUUCUUCUCAAGCUCAGUGCUCCAGUUGAUUUCUCCACCUUUUUUUAAUGUCUUGUAUCAUAUAUCUGCUACUAAAUCUGAAUUUAAAGCACAUCAAAGUUGCUGAAGUGUAUUCCUAUAUCCAAGCUUUGCCUCUGUUAUUUUAGCGCCCCUCACCUCCUCUUUAGUGCAAUGUACUGUUUUGGAAACUACGUGGAUGUAUCGAGCACAGUGCGGACGUUUGCUCUGGUAGUGUCAUGCUGUUUGAUGUGAUUUCUGUGAAUAUGACGCCAGACUCUUUUACAUUUGUUGAGCUUCAGUUAGCCGGAAGGCCAGGGGGGUGUAGCUAGCAUGUGGUGCGCAGCCUGGUAAACUUUGUCGGCAUCGUCGCUGCAUUUGCAGCAGGUGACGGGUCCGUGACAGCAUGCUGAAGAUGGACCUCUGACGUCCAGGUGGUUGACUUGAACUGGACUAAAUGUGGAACACUAUCAUCAUUUUAGGAACCCUGAACAGGAAGCCUGUGCAUUUGAAUUAUCAUGUUCUAUUUUAAGUGGCUGCAUACCGAGUUACUCAUGCUCACGUUGAACGGGACUGAAUACACAAUAAAUCUAUCAGGCUUUUUUGCUCAGCAUUAAGAAAACAUGCAUUAAUUUCCAACAUAUUUGACCACUAUGCAGAAACUAGCACAUGGCUGUUUGGGUUUUUUCCUCUAAUGCGACUUCUAUAGCAAGUGAAGGAAAAAGAAGUAUGAGUAAAGUAGCUGAUAGCAGUCUUGUAUGACAUUCCUAUUAUAGUCAGUAAUCUUAUAAUGUGAAGUUUCCUGUUGUCUAGCCAAUUCUGCUUUGCAUGUAACCACAGUACUGUAGUUAAGACACACUGAGAAAGUAGGAAGAUGUUUUUCAAGGUUUGAUUUGCUUAAUAAAUCAUGCACUUAAGUAUAAGAGCUGAUCUAGUAAACAUGCUUACUUGUUUAGGAUUAGACUUUUGCUGCACAUACAAAAUUUGGACCUCUUUUGCCAGUUUGGGACACCCGGUCCGUUUAAGAACCAAAAAGUGACGUGGAGUCUGAAUCUCAAAAACCUAAUUAAUGUGUGAAGUUGCUUCUCUGGCAAACAACAAAAAUUAGUGGCUUAAGCUUCUGGCCAACUUACGAAUGCCUCCUCGACCUGUGGAGACCGCUUCUCAUACACUCACUAACAGCUCACCGUUGUGUCCGCCUCCUCAUUAACCAAGCUUUGUGUGUCUCUCGAGGAGGAGGACAGCCAUGUUGCCCCUGUCACAUAAAGCCUACGCACACCAAGCUGCCUCUGACUUCAACACAAUGCAUGGCUUUGUGUACGACUGCACCUCCACAUUGUAUCGCCUUAUGUAGCUAACAUUGUCAUUACCGUUUAUGAAAUCUUGAUGGUUGGUUAGGCUUGGCUAACUAAUACAACAUGCUUAACGAGUUAGCUCAGUUUAAUCUGCUAACUGGCAGGCUCCUGCUAAAAGCCUUCAAGCUGAAAUUUCAGGUUAUAGCAGACAUAUACAAAGCCCGACCUUGGUGUAUGUGUCUAGCAGCUGAGGGUAAAUGGGUAACUCCAGAAUGUGUGAGCUUUAGCUGGCCGUGCCAAUGGCGUUUUAUCGAACAGACGGCACUGUCGACUGGGCCUCUCCAGACUUGACAGCAGGAAAUCUGUGGACAAAGUAAUUUCUUUCUUCUGACAAUAUGAUUUCUUGUUUCAUGUACCUUUGUUGUCUUCAUUUUUCCCUUGUGUGUGUAUGUGUGUAUGUGUGUGUGUGUUUCUUUGUUUUUUUAAUAUGUGUUUUGAUUUCUUUUUUUUAACUAUUCUAUAACUGACUGUAAUUUCAGUGUAAACACGUAAGUGAGAAAUUAUGUCAUUUCAAUGAAUUUGGAGCGUUAAAUAUGAGAACGGGUCAAAAUGAACGGUUUUGUUUUGUACAGAUUGAUAAAUUGUACAAUUGUGUCUAUAUCUUAAGUUAUGGAUUCAUCUUAAUAAAGCGCACCAGUCAAAAACC